GGCUCCAACGAGUUCAGUCGCCGUUCAGACCGCGACAACGCUGGGCACCGAACCGGUCGCUCUUCGCCACGAGCCCUAAACGUGCGCCGAAACCGUUAAGUCUAUCAUUCCCGAAAAAUUGCAAAUUACAAACUCCAUUUCGCUCCGAUUGCAAAGAAAAAAAAAAUAUAAAUUUCAGUUUCUGGGAAAAAUAAUUGAAAUUAAUUUUAAUUGUUGUGUCAUCUGCGACGAUUUAACUUUGUUAUUCUCAUCGCACUUCGCUCGUGAUAAAGGGGCUUCUGACAAAGAAUCAGCUGAAAGGAAAAAAAAUGGUAGGGUCUGUACCGGAGUCGCCGUAAUUUGACUGCGAAAAGGGAAUCUCAUUUCCACUUGGGGAGCACCAAAGGACUCGUUGGCACGAGAAAACGGAAAUACUUGGAUUUGAAUAUUAGGCGUAUUCUACGGAAGUUGACUUGCACUCUCAUCAUCCAGUCGUGCCCCAACGGUUUACGGCACCUCACGUGAAACAACUCAGCGCAAAGUGUAUCACCGUGUAUCGUAAUUUGAUAAAUAAAGUCAAAGAAUUCAAGGUACAUCGAUUAAUUGAACUAUCGCGAAAUUUCCAAUCAAGAACAAUCGAUUUAAGACGCAAUCGACACGUGUGCAGUGAUUUUAACGGGAGAGAUCAUCAAGAGUGAUUCGAUAUAUCGAUGCAAUCGAAGUGAGUCACGUGCGAUAAGCACAGGGGAGGAACGGAACCGGCGGCGAAAGCACCGCAACAAUCGCAAAUCGUUGGUGAUACGACUGUUGCGUUUAGUUACCGCUCCGAGAACGACAACGAAGCGGCGAAGGAGAAAAAGAAGGAAGAGGUCAGACAAUUCGGCCGUGAUUACCGGAGUUUGUGGACAAAGGCCGGGAGCGAGAUCGGGCCCGGAUGCUCGCAAGGACAAGACGUCGGAAGUGCUGCCACGUUGGAAGGGAAAAUCUUGACAGUCCUCAACAAAUUUCUGACAAAAGCCCCUUUGGUUAGCAAGUUUAAACUACUUAUGACACGUAAAGACACAGAGGGUGGAAGUGGGGGGGAGGAGGAGGAGCCGGUGGAUGGUGGUUCAUCGAGGCCAUCGGUGAGCGACGCUACUUGGCCGGAUGUCCGAAAGCCAUCCGUGACGAAUGAUACAAACAAGUUGACGGGGCUGAGACAGCAACAUUUACCCAGCAAUCAGAGACGACAGAGUGAUAUUGGAAGUGACAUGGCAGAGGUUAAUAAACAGUUGUGCGCGAGAAGAAGAGGUGAUGAGUGUAAUUUUGGUGGGACUAUUCAAAUUGAGUGUGAUACGUCAUAUGAUUCGUCAAUUGCUGUUGAUAAUCCAUCAGCUUUAUCAGGGGGUAUUGCUUCAGGCUCGUCGUCUGGACAAACUCGCUUGACUACUAGUUUGCUGUUUGAACUGCCGGACGCCCGGAGGGGCUCCACUACUUGUUUCGACGAGAGAAUGCCAUCAAUUAGUAAAGCACAAAUGAAAGAAUUCGAAGAAGCUUUCAACCUCUUUGAUAAGGACCGAGAUGGAAGUAUCACGAAGGAAGAGCUUGGAAGAGUAAUGCGAGGUUUAGGACAAUUCGCGAGAACUGAAGAGCUUCGCACAAUGUUAGAAGAGAUUGACACUGAUGGUGAUGGAAAUGUCAGUUUGGUGGAAUUCGUAAAAAUCGUCAGCAAUAUCGGAAAUGCCAGUGCAGCACAGCAGACAAACCUCAGCCAAGAAGAGCAAGAAGAGCAAGAGCUUCGUGAUGCCUUUCGGGUGUUUGAUAAACAUAACCGAGGAUAUAUCACAGCCUCCGAUCUGCGUGCGGUACUACAGUGUCUCGGUGAGGAUCUGUCUGAAGAAGAAAUUGAGGACAUGAUCAAGGAGGUGGACGAGGACGGCGAUGGGAGGAUCGAUUUCUACGAAUUUGCACGUUCACUGGUGGAGCCGGGGGAGGACGAGGACGAGGAAGAGGAUGAGGAGGAAACACCCCAGUCGCCCCCCUUCUAGGAUCCGUCGAGGCCACCAGACCAUAUCCUAAAUUCCAAUAUAUUCUUAUUCAAUUUUAUUCGUUAGUCGAAAUAAACUGGUCGAUCUAAGAAUUUUAAACAUAA